UUCGGUCAACCAAAAAGAAAAUAAGAAACAAGUCCUUACCUAUCAGGUAAGAGAGAGAGAGAGAGGGGAGAGAGAAAGGAAGAAAAACUUGAGGUAACUCAGCAAUGGCGGAUGCAGCGGUGGUUUCCUCCGUAUUGAUUGAACAGUUUUCAGACUCAGUUUGCGGCUACAUAAACCAACUGACCCAAGGACACUAUGUAGUAACGCGAAUCCGAUACGAAUUGGAGACGCUUAUACCCCAGUUGGAAAGGAUCGAAGCCGAGCCUGGGCUCUCCAUAGAAACCGAGGAGUUGAUUGCAACUAUCAGAGACGUGAUCCGCAAAGCAGAAGACCUGACAGAGACUCACACCAAGAGGGAGAUACAGAGGGAUGCCGCCACCUUCAAGGCUCCAAUUUACGAGCUCAAGAUCUUGAGGAUCUCCAAGCAGCUGCACGGCGUCAAUGAAGAUAUCAGCAGAUACAGAAAUCAGCUGUCCGAGCAGCUCCGUCGCGAGUUGCUAGUGCCCGGCUUGGCAGCAGCAGCAGCGGAGGAGCAGAGUAUUCCUUCUUACUUGAGGCGCUGUAUGCGCUAUCUCAUACUGUUUCCUCCCGGAUUUCUGGUGCGCACGAGGAGAUUGAUUGCGUUGUGGGUUGCAGAGGGUCUGGUUGGUGAGGAAUUUGUUGAGCAGACUGCCGAGAAUUAUCUAAACGAGCUCAUAGCGCUGCGGGUGCUGCUUCCCACCAGCAGAAAACGCAACGGGAAAGUGAAGGUAUGCAAGAUCGACGCCGGUAGACGGGAGGCUAUGCUGCAGGAGGCUGAGAAGUCUAAUUUUCUCAAGGACAGAAAUGGUAAGAUUCUGCGGCUGGUGGACGACCACAACGAAGCCGCGGAAUCCAACGGCGAUUCCUUCAUUCAUAUUCACGGCAACCCGACGAUUUCCAGCUCGGUGCAGGAUUAUCGAGAUGUCAUAUCGUUCUUGUCGUUCAACUCUCAAGAAGGAACCAAACCGGGAGAGGAUAUCGGCGAUUUCCUCCGCAGAUGCAUCUCGGCCGGCUGCUUCAUCUGGUUGAGGGUGCUCGAUCUCGAGCGGGUUUUCCGGCCGAAGCUGACCGAGGCGCUCGGCAAACUCAUCGCCAUCAAGUAUCUCGGGUUGAGGCUGACAUACCUCGAGAAGCUCCCGGAUUCCGUCAACAAAUUGUUCAACCUCCAUGUGCUGGACGUGAAGCAUACAUACAUAAGUUUCCUUCCUCGAUCGAUAUGGCGCAUGCAGUAUCUGCGGCAUUUGUAUCUGAGCGAGGCGUACCGCACGAGGUUUCCCGAUCCGCCAUCUCAGGUCACUCUAACAGCCCUUCAGACGCUCUGGGGGGCCUUCGUGGACGAGGACACCCCGGUCGUCGGAGGACUAGAUAAAUUGCUCAACAUUCGGAAGCUGGCAUUGUCGUGCAGGUCGAGGGCAUCAAAAGAAGAUGAGAUGUCAAGACAGUUAGAGGCUAUCAAGGAGUGGAUCUCGAACCUGAAACUUCUCGAGUCUUUGAGGCUGAAAUCACGGGAUGAGGAUAAUGAAGCUGCCGAUCUGAAGUUAACUUCGUUGGAAGGGAACCCUAAACUUUCAUCGGUGUAUUUGCUCGGGAAAGUGCACAGCACCAUCCUCCGGAACCUCCCUACUAGUCUCACUAAUAUCACGCUCUCGGGUUCGAAGUUGGAUUUAGACCCGUUUGAAGUUCUGGGGAAGCUUCCGAAUCUCGUGAUUCUUGGACUUCUAGGUCAGUCUGUGGUGUGUAGCACGAUGUAUUGCUCUAGAAAAGGUUUCCGUCGGCUUAAAGUUCUUCGGAUUUGGAAGAUUGAAAAUCUUGAGGUUUAUGAAGAAGAGGAAGGAUCACUGCCUUGUUUGGAAGUAAGGGACAUCAGAGAAUGUGACGGAUUGAAAACUGUUCCCGAUCCACUGCGACGAGUUCACAAUCCUGAGGUCGAACGGCCGAGUGUGCCACCGGAAUUCAUGCGCGAAAGCGAAGGCGAAAAUGCUCAGAACGAAGAUGUUACGAACGUGGACGGGGACACCGGCGGAGAGAAUGAUUUACAGGCUAUGGGUGAAAAUAUGGGGAAUCCCUUGGUUGAUACAAUGGAGAUUGUAGAAGAGUUUGUGAAGGAAGGGGAGAAUAGGUAUCGAGCUAGUGGCUGAGUCAACAGGAGGAAAGUAUUACUUCAGGACACGUGGAGGCAAGAGAGGAUCCUACGUGCCCUACCUAUCUUUACUUUAUUUCAGUAUUUGUUAUGCUAUGUAAUUUUGUUGCUUUUGCCUUGGUCCCCACCUUGUAGGCCUUGGUAUUUAGUGUACGUGCAUGAAGGAUAACCCUAAGUAAUAUGAAUUAUCCUCACUCUCA